GUUCGAAGUAAAGCGAGAACACUGUAAUAUCAGAUCAGCAGAUAGUUAAAGGAAUCCCCUUCCAAAUCGUCAAGCGGUUACAGAGCUCAGCUAGCAAACACCCAAUUUUCAAGAUGACAACAUUGUUUGACUACCUUACGAAGGAUGGCAAGAAAGUGCAUAGCCUACGUGUCGGGGCACCAAGUGAACAUCUGCGCAUGAAAUGUGGUGAGCUUAUUCAUAAAGCAACUCUAGCUCUUCAUACUCCAGAAAAUUAUCCUCAGCUGUUUCAGUAUGGACCACACAGUGGAAGCUUAGCAGCUAAGAGUGAGCUCACCAAAUUUCUCACCGAGGAGUAUGGUGACACUGUCAAUUGUGAUGACAUCUGGUUCACUGCUGGUGCUUCACAAGGCCUGGCCUGCAUAGGAAGCCUCCUCUUUCAGCCUAAGACUGUAGCUUUCGUCGAAGAACCAACUUAUUUCCUUGCCCUUAAAGCUUUAUCAGAUGACUUUGGGAUGAAUUUGGUAGGGGUUCCUACAGAUCAAGAUGGUUUGAUUGUUGAUGAGUUGGAGAAAUUAAUGGCAGAACAUUUGCAGACAUUGCCAGUUAUAACUGAGAGAAAUCCAUUCUCUGGUUUGCUCUAUUGCAUUCCAACUUUUAACAAUCCAAACGGCUCUGUACUUUCUGUAACAAGGUGUAAGCAGUUGAUCAAACUGCUUCGGAAGUACAAUGUGCUUGCUUUUUGUGAUGAUGUAUACAACUUGCUCUCUUAUGAUGGAGAAAAACCUCCUUUUAAAGUUCCCCCUAGGCUUUUUUCAUUUGAUAACAAGGCUGAUCCUGAUUACAAAGGAAAUGUGAUCUCAAAUGGAACUUUUUCCAAACUGUUAGGACCUGGCUUGCGUCUAGGCUGGAUGGAGGUCCCUGAACAUGUAAGAAAGAUUUUGAAGACUUCUGGGUAUGUUACAAGUGGGGGUUGCUUCAACCAUUACACCUCUUGUGUUGUUACCAUGGCAAUACAAAUGGGUUUGGUAAAGGAGCAUGUAGCAUAUACACGAGAGCUUUAUAAGUCCCAGUUGAAUACACUAUGUAGUGCUAUGGAUAAGUACUUUCCACGUGCAAUUAAAUACACAAAACCCCAGGGAGGUUAUUUUGUUUGGGUUGUUCUCCCCCCUGAGAUUGACUGCGAUAAACUAUAUGACAUCUGUUUCAAUAAGUAUGCUGUUGAUUUUAACAAGGGCUCACGAUGUUCUUGUAAAGGACAAUACAAAAAUUGUAUGAGGCUUUCAUUUGCAUUUCUUGACAGUCCUACCCUUGAACACUGUGUGAAGCAAAUAGCUUUAGCAAUUGAAGAAAUUUUCCCAAGCAACUAACAAUUAUGGACUUUGAAGUAAAUAUAUCUAAAAAUAGGGGGACUUUUGUUUUUGAAGUGAUUACUGUGUCAUUUGAAUCAAGGGUAGCAUUGAGGUAAGGAAGAAAUUCUUUUUUGAUACUAAACAUCAUGAAAUCCUUUUAAAUGGACAGUGAUAAAUUUGCAAAAAGUAUACCAAAAUAAAUGAAUACUGAAAAAGAAUAAAUCAUGAUUUCUGACACCAAAUGAGAGCUGGUAAAUAAUUUAAGAUUCAGUUCAUGAUUGUUAAAUUUACUUUGAUGGCAAUUUUUCCAUUUUUUAAUUUAUCUUAGUUUAAGUUGUGCAGAUGUAUUUAUGGGUGAAAUAGAAAAUAAAUUGUAAUACAUGUUAUUUUAUAAGGAAGAAUAAAAAAGUUUUACUUUGAAGCCUAAGGGUACUCUUCAAUUAGAGAGGUUGGAAGUUUUAGUAGUCUUAAUUAAAUUUUAAUGCAUGUACUAUAAUUUUUAGGGGAAAAAUCUUAGGAGAUCAAAAUUAAUUUUGGGGUUGAAUGGGUUUGUUAAUGUAAACGUGCGAGAAAGAGUGAGUACAAUCAGCAGUUUACAGUACAUUCUUUAAUUUAAAUCAGGGAAGUUGUAACAAGCAAAAUAAGAUAAGCUAUUUCUAACAUGCUUUUAUCAGUAUUACUGAGUUUGAAUUUAUGUCUUAAUUUUCUCUGUCUGUUAAAAUUGCAAUAGAUAGUAACUUGAUAACAAAUUUUAGCUUGUUAAAUUUAGCAUUAAUUAAAUUUAGUUCAUAAACAGUG